ACCUCUCACCUCUUGCCCUCACACGUCGUCGCGCCUUCCCUCUGCGCCAAAUCCUCUUACUUUGGUGUUUUCUCACCUCUGCCAACCCAUUCAUCACCUUUAUCAACCUCAUCCAUCACCACGACCAUCACGCCUCUUAGCCGAGCAUCAACCUCGCUGUCGCUAUUGGUUUUUAGCCGCGCUUGUCGCAUGCUCCAUUGUCUGGUCCACUGCUAGACAGACUUUUGUAUCUUUAAACUGCAUCUCACUUCUGAUAUACUAAGCAAGCAGUCAUCAUGGGUCUCAACUACUAUGCCUCGUCGCCCACCGUCGUCCUGCAACCCCAGCAACCGCAGGGUUACUUCUCACCUCACCAGCGCGCCCACUCGCCGUCAACUAUGGGUAAAUUCCGCCCAAAGCAUCCUACUCCACCCUCGCUCAACUAUCUAGCUGCUGUAUCCAAUGCCACAGCUGGGCGCAAACGAUCCAUUGCCGACGUCGACGACCCCGAGGAGAACCAACCAACUGGAUCUGUCGCCAUCCCCGCCCCUGUCAAGUCCCGGGGCAAGCCUAUGUACGGUCCAGGGAUGACUCUCAUCUACCCUGAUGACCCUAGCUACAGCAUCGCGGCCGAGUCGCAAUCCGGCACGUGGUAUGAAGAGAAGAUCGAAACCGAAGAGAAGGCUGCGGCUCGUCCAAUCGCAGUCUCACGCAAGUCGCAACGCAUCAGUCCAUCUCGCGACGUCACUGUCCCCUCGCUCAACGACAUGGACACACAGAUAAGCGAGGCAAUCAUCGACGAUAAUGGCAACACCAUCAACACGCUCAUCACCUCGCUUGGUGUAGGUUGGAAGAACAUCAUGACCAACCCCAACCUGCGCGACCAAGCACGCGCGUAUGCCCGCUUCAUCGAGCGCCACUUCGACUUCACUGACGUGAUUGUCAUGCUCGAGAAAGAAUCACUCAACGCUUAUCUUGUGCGCGCUAAGCAGCACGGUGUGCAAGGCUACUGGCUGUUCUCAGAUACGCUCAAGUGGUGCCAGCUCGUUGGCUGGUCCCUAGAGCGCGCCGUUCCCAACCUCAUGUCUGGACCUGUUCCUCAUUGCGAGGGCGAGCGCAUCAACGCCCGCGACUCUUCCCCAACAGAACCUGCAACACCUCCCCCUCAGACCAUCAGCAGGCCCAUCGCUGUCGCCGGUGACGCGAUGGAGAUGUGAUUGAUGCACGAUUCCACCUUCUCUUCCCCUUUCGGCCUUUUCUUCAAAGCAUGUACGGACGCGUCUCGGUUUCUCUUCGCAUGUUUUUAUUCACGCUUCACGAUCUACUGGUUUUUUCUACUCGGCAAUUCGGCGUUCGGCAAUGGAUUGGAUGGGCUCACUGGGACGGACUAUAGUCAUGUACUAUAUAUUAUCAUGCUUGCUCGUGCUGCGACAGCUGGAUCGUCGAUAUUCGAUCGCGUCGCAGACCUCAUUGCCAUUAAAAGUUACAGG